AGAAACAGCCUUCGAUUUUUUUUGGACUUAUAAGUUAUAACGUAUUUAAUUCCUUGUUCGUUUAUUAUUUCUUCACUUCCCUUCUUCUCCACAAUACACUCCAAUAAUUCUCCAUUUCAUGCCUUUUCCAAGCAAGAUAUGGGGUUUCGACCUCACCGAGAUGAGAUGGAACGCGUUCAAGGGCAAAAACAUGUAUGACAGACGGUGGCAUCUUCGCCGAGAACGCUUGAUCGCCUAUCAAAUCGCCAUGAACGUUUGUUUAGCUGCAGAGUGUACAGCGACUUAUUCGUUAUCAAAAUACGAAGACUUGCAGACCCAUGUACAAGCAUACGCGUUCACCCUCGUUCCAGCAUAUGCCGUUGAACUCCACAAUGACGAUUUAAUCGCUGCCGAGGUUCUGACCAUCGUCUUUUACGUCUUCGUCGCUACACUAUUCGGCGCAGACCUUUUCUUCUUGGUGCUAUGGCCUCGCCGUACGUAUCCCAACUGGUACAACAAAACACGGUUGGCUUUGGCUGUUGGCAUCACUACUGGUGUUCUUGCAGCUGCGUUGAUGAGUACUAUCGUGAUAGCUAAGCAUUCAGCAUUUAUCACUGGAGCUCCUGCGGAAAUGCAACAGCAAUAUACCGAUUUUUUCUUCCGCCCACCUCUCAAGUAUAACGUGUACUCAGUGAACAUCGCUUAUGUUUGCAUACUUUGGAUUGGAUGGCUUUGCACAGUUGUGUCAACCAUCCUCAUGUUCAUGGGUGUUAAACACGAAAUGAAAUACGGCACUGAUCCGAGUGAGCCUCUUCGCGACGAAAAGCCCACUAAUGGGUCAGUUUCCCCAUGAUAUUCCUUCUUUGCACCCUUGGGGUUUUUGAUUGGGAGUUUGGAGAAUGGGUACCAUGCUCCGUCGGACACUAAUAUUAACACUGUAGAAUACGCAAAAGCCGUGACACCCUCCGUAUAUUUUUCUAUUCCAAAGCCUUUUUUGCUCUACCUGACAGAUACCCACACUAUACGUGCUUAUAAUUCAUAGAUAUAGUAAUACCUGCACGACGUUUUUCUCAUCUGAAUUUAUGAAUACACGAGUAUAGCGACC